AUGAUUACUUCAGAGUUACCAGUGUUACAGGAUUCAACUAAUGAAACUACUGCUAAUUCUGAUGCUGGCAGCGAACUUGAAGAAACUGAAGUCAAGGGGAAAAGGAAAAGGGGUCGUCCUGGCCGGCCUCCAUCUACAAAUAAGAAACCUCGAAAAUCUCCAGGAGAGAAGAGUAGGAUUGAAGCUGGUAUUAGAGGAACAGGCCGUGGAAGAGCUAAUGGGCACCCUCAACAGAAUGGUGAAGGGGAGCCUGUCACAUUAUUUGAAGUGGUGAAACUGGGGAAAAGUGCAAUGCAGUCCGUGGUGGAUGACUGGAUUGAAUCAUAUAAACAAGACAGGGACAUCGCACUUCUGGAUUUAAUCAACUUUUUUAUCCAGUGUUCAGGAUGUCGAGGUACUGUGAGAAUAGAGAUGUUUCGAAAUAUGCAGAAUGCAGAAAUCAUCAGAAAAAUGACUGAAGAAUUUGAUGAGGACAGUGGUGAUUAUCCCCUUACCAUGCCUGGACCUCAGUGGAAAAAAUUUCGUUCAAACUUUUGUGAAUUUAUUGGCGUCCUGAUUCGACAGUGUCAGUAUAGCAUAAUUUAUGAUGAGUAUAUGAUGGACACAGUAAUCUCCCUUUUGACUGGUUUGUCAGACUCCCAGGUCAGAGCUUUUAGGCAUACAAGCACCCUUGCUGCUAUGAAGCUCAUGACUGCUUUGGUGAAUGUUGCCUUAAACCUCAGUAUUCAUCAAGAUAAUACACAGAGACAAUAUGAAGCCGAAAGAAAUAAAAUGAUUGGGAAAAGAGCCAAUGAAAGGUUGGAGUUACUACUUCAGAAACGCAAAGAGCUACAAGAAAAUCAGGAUGAAAUCGAAAAUAUGAUGAACUCUAUUUUUAAGGGUAUAUUUGUUCAUAGAUACCGUGAUGCUAUUGCUGAGAUUAGAGCCAUUUGUAUUGAAGAAAUUGGAGUAUGGAUGAAAAUGUAUAGUGAUGCUUUCCUAAAUGACAGUUACCUAAAAUAUGUUGGUUGGACUCUUCAUGAUAGGCAAGGAGAAGUCAGGUUAAAGUGUUUGAAAGCUCUACAGAGUCUAUAUACUAACAGAGAAUUAUUCCCCAAAUUGGAGCUAUUCACAAACCGAUUCAAGGAUCGCAUUGUAUCAAUGACACUUGAUAAGGAAUAUGAUGUUGCUGUGGAAGCUAUUCGAUUGGUUACUCUGAUACUUCAUGGAAGUGAAGAAGCUCUUUCCAAUGAAGACUGUGAAAAUGUUUACCACUUGGUGUACUCAGCACAUCGCCCUGUUGCUGUUGCAGCUGGAGAAUUCCUUCACAAAAAGCUGUUUAGCAGACAUGACCCACAAGCAGAAGAAGCUUUAGCAAAAAGGAGGGGACGGAACAGUCCGAAUGGGAAUCUCAUUAGGAUGCUGGUUCUUUUCUUUCUUGAAAGUGAGUUGCACGAACAUGCAGCCUACUUGGUGGACAGUUUGUGGGAGAGCUCUCAAGAACUGUUGAAAGACUGGGAAUGUAUGACAGAGUUGCUAUUAGAAGAACCUGUUCAAGGAGAGGAAGCAAUGUCUGACCGUCAAGAGAGCGCGCUAAUAGAGCUGAUGGUUUGUACAAUCCGUCAAGCUGCUGAGGCACAUCCUCCUGUGGGAAGGGGUACUGGCAAGAGAGUGCUAACUGCCAAAGAAAGGAAAACUCAAAUCGACGAUAGGAACAAAUUGACUGAGCAUUUUAUUAUCACACUUCCUAUGUUGUUAUCAAAGUAUUCUGCAGAUGCAGAGAAAGUAGCAAACUUGCUACAAAUCCCACAGUAUUUUGAUCUAGAAAUUUAUAGCACAGGUAGAAUGGAAAAGCAUCUGGAUGCUUUAUUAAAACAGAUUAAGUUUGUUGUGGAGAAACAUGUAGAAUCAGAUGUUCUAGAAGCCUGCAGUAAAACCUAUAGCAUUUUAUGCAGUGAAGAGUAUACCAUCCAGAAUAGAGUUGACAUAGCUCGAAGCCAGCUGAUUGAUGAGUUUGUAGAUCGAUUCAAUCAUUCUGUGGAAGAUCUAUUGCAAGAGGGAGAAGAAGCUGAUGAUGAUGAUAUUUACAACGUGCUUUCUACAUUAAAGCGGUUAACCUCUUUUCACAACGCUCAUGAUCUCACAAAAUGGGAUCUGUUUGGUAAUUGCUACAGAUUAUUGAAGACUGGAAUUGAACAUGGAGCUAUGCCAGAACAGAUAGUCGUACAGGCAUUGCAGUGUUCCCAUUACUCGAUUCUUUGGCAGUUGGUGAAAAUUACUGAUGGUUCUCCUUCCAAAGAAGAUUUGUUGGUAUUGAGGAAAACCGUGAAAUCCUUUUUGGCCGUUUGCCAACAGUGCCUAUCUAAUGUUAAUACUCCAGUGAAGGAACAGGCUUUCAUGUUACUCUGUGAUCUUUUGAUGAUUUUUAGCCACCAAUUAAUGACAGGUGGCAGAGAGGGCCUUCAACCUUUGGUAUUUAAUCCAGAUACUGGACUUCAGUCUGAACUCCUCAGUUUUGUGAUGGAUCACGUUUUCAUUGACCAAGAUGAGGAGAACCAGAGCAUGGAGGGUGACGAAGAAGAUGAAGCAAAUAAAAUCGAGGCCUUACACAAAAGAAGAAAUCUACUCGCUGCCUUCAGCAAACUUAUCAUUUAUGAUAUUGUUGACAUGCAUGCAGCUGCAGACAUCUUUAAACACUACAUGAAGUAUUAUAAUGACUAUGGUGAUAUUAUUAAGGAAACACUGAGUAAAACCAGGCAGAUUGAUAAAAUUCAGUGUGCCAAGACCCUCAUUCUCAGUUUACAGCAGUUGUUUAAUGAACUUGUUCAAGAGCAAGGUCCCAAUCUAGAUAGGACAUCUGCCCAUGUGAGCGGCAUUAAAGAAUUGGCUCGUCGCUUUGCCCUUACGUUUGGACUGGACCAAAUCAAGACACGAGAAGCAGUUGCCACACUUCACAAGGAUGGCAUAGAAUUUGCCUUUAAGUACCAAAAUCAGAAAGGACAAGAAUACCCACCACCUAAUCUGGCUUUCCUGGAAGUACUAAGUGAAUUUUCUUCUAAACUUCUUCGACAGGACAAAAAGACUGUUCAUUCAUACCUAGAAAAAUUCCUCACGGAGCAGAUGAUGGAAAGGAGGGAAGAUGUGUGGCUUCCACUCAUCUCCUAUAGAAACUCGUUAGUCACUGGAGGUGAAGAUGACAGGAUGUCUGUGAACAGUGGAAGCAGCAGCAGCAAAACCUCCUCCGUGAGGAGUAAGAAAGGACGACCCCCACUUCAUAAGAAACGAGUAGAAGAUGAGAGCAUGGAUAACACAUGGCUAAACAGGACUGACACCAUGAUUCAGACUCCCGGACCCCUGCCAGCACCACAGCUCACCUCCACUGUCCUGCGGGAGAGCAGCCGGCCCGUGGGAGAGCAGGCCCAGGAGCCCGCGUCUGAGCACGGCUCUGAGCCUGACUUCUUACACAAUCCUCAGAUGCAGAUCUCUUGGUUGGGACAGCCAAAAUUAGAAGACUUAAAUCGGAAGGACAGAACAGGAAUGAACUACAUGAAAGUGAGAGCUGGAGUGAGGCAUGCUGUUCGGGGCUUAAUGGAGGAAGAUGCUGAGCCCAUCUUUGAAGAUGUGAUGAUGUCUUCCCGGAGCCAAUUAGAAGAUAUGAAUGAAGAAUUUGAAGACACCAUGGUUAUUGAUCUGCCCCCAUCAAGAAAUCGGCGAGAGCGAGCAGAGCUGAGGCCAGAUUUCUUUGAUUCUGCAGCUAUCAUAGAAGACGAUUCAGGAUUUGGAAUGCCUAUGUUCUGA